UGACAUCUUUUCCUUUCUAAUCAGAUUCCCCUCUUCAAAAGUUUUGCACUAGAUUUGCAAAAUGAUGACCAUAUCUUUGAUCUGGGGCAUUGUCAUAUCAGUGUGCUGUUGUUUAUGGCUUAUUCUUGGAGUGAGGAGAAGAAAAAUAGGUGAACCACCUCUGGAGAAUGGGUUGAUUCCAUACCUGGGAUGUGCUCUGCAAUUUGGUGCCAAUCCUCUUGAGUUCCUCAGAGCAAAUCAAAGGAAACAUGGUCAUGUUUUUACCUGCAAACUAAUGGGAAACUAUGUCCACUUCAUUACAAAUCCCUUGUCAUACCAUAAAGUGCUGUGCCAUGGAAAAUACUUUGAUUGGAAAAAAUUUCAUUUCACUACUUCUGCAAAGGCAUUUGGACACAGAAGCAUUGAUCCGAGUGAUGGAAAUACCACCGAAAACAUAAGCAAAGCUUUUGUCAAAACUCUGCAGGGCGAUGCCUUGAAUUCCCUCACAGAAGCCAUGAUGGAAAACCUCCAGCUUGUCAUGAGGCCUCCUGUCCUACCUGAAUCAAAGAUGUCUGCCUGGGUGACAGAAGGGAUGUAUGCCUUUUGCUACCGAGUGAUGUUUGAAGCUGGGUAUUUAACGCUUUUUGGCAAAGAUCUUACAGGGCAAGAUGCACAAAAAGCACUUAUUCUAAAUAGCCUUGACAACUUCAAGCAAUUUGACAAAAUCUUUCCAGCACUGGUAGCAGGCGUUCCCAUUCAUGUGUUCAAGACCGCACACCACGCCCGGGAAAAACUGGCGGAGGGCUUGAGGCACGAGACCCUGGGAAAGAGAAACCAUAUGUCGGAGCUGGUCAGGUUUCUGAACGACAUGCUCUUCACCUUAGAUGACGUAGAGAAGGCCAAGACGCAACUCGCUGUCCUGUGGGCAUCGCAAGCAAACACCAUUCCAGCCACUUUCUGGAGCUUAUUUCAAAUGAUUAGGAGCCCUGAAGCAAUGAAAGCAGCUACUGAAGAAGUGAAUAAAACACUAGAGAAUGCUGGUAAAAAAGUCAGCUUUGAAGACAAUCCUAUUUGUUUGACUCCAAUGCAACUGAAUGACAUGCCGGUGCUAGAUAGUAUCAUCAAGGAGUCUCUGAGGCUUUCCAGUGCCUCCCUGAACAUCCGGACUGCUAAAGAAGAUUUCACUUUGCACCUCCAGGAUGGUUCCUAUAAUAUCCGCAAAGAUGACAUCAUAGCUCUUUAUCCACAGUUAAUGCAUUUAGAUCCAGCAAUCUACCCAGAUCCUUUGACUUUUAAAUAUGAUCGAUAUCUGGAUGAAAAUGGGAGGACAAAGACCACCUUCUAUAGUAAUGGACUCAAGUUAAAGUAUUACUACAUGCCCUUCGGGUCAGGAGCUACAAUAUGUCCUGGAAGAUUAUUUGCUGUUCAAGAAAUCAAGCAAUUUUUGGUUCUGAUGCUUUCCUAUUUUGAACUAGAGCUUGUGGAAAGCCACGUUAAAUGUCCUCCUUUGGACCAGUCCCGGGCAGGCUUGGGCGUUUUACCACCAUUAAACGAUAUCGAGUUUAAAUAUAAACUGAAACAUUUGUGAAUAUAUGGUUGGAAAAAGAAGACCCUAGAGGAUGUGACAGGACUGCGGAAGCCAUCACUUACCUGUCCCUUUGGACAGACGCGUUUAAUGGUAGUGGAGCUGAUUCACUAGGUCCAGUUUUGUUCACCGAUGUUUGUGAAUGUUAACAUUUUGGUGAUAGUUUUCAGAAGCUAUCUCAGACUGUGCUCGUGAAAGAAACUAGUUUCUAGAAGCACAAUAAUGUGUUUUCAUUUGAAUAAGUCAGUGAAUGUUCAUGUAGCCAGGGACUAAACUUCAUUAUCUUCAGAGGAAAAAGGCUGUUUUUUUCCCCCCACCAGAAUGAAGAUAUUCCAAUUAGCAGAAAUUUUUUCCUAAGGAAACCUUAUUUUUAUAAAAACUACCCAACAAUUGUAGGUACAAAUUCACGUUUUAGUGAACCUGCAUGAUUUUUUUAUUAGAUGUGGGAUUCUUCAGGUAUAGAUUUAUAUGAUAAAGGAUCUUUCAAAGGAUUAUAUUAUGCCUUUUAAUAAAGAGAAAAUCUUUUUCAGCUUUCCCUAUAUCCAGUUUCAGGAAAUUGAAAAUAAUGGUCUGUUGUACUGAAAACAUAAAAUGGUUUUAACAUUUUCCCUUUAUGUUUCAAUUUAUUCUUUCUGGAAACUAAUGUCUAUGUCAGGUUUCAACUAUCUUAUUUAUACUUUCAUUAGAUUCCAUAAUAAUGAGAAGAUUUUCUUUUUCAGAGAAGACAGGUUUUCUGGUAUUAUUAACCAUGCAUCAAUGAAAAGAAUAAAGCUCUCAUGUGAUAUGUUUUAAAAUUAAAACUGGAUGAACAUGACCAUAUGGUCAUUUGGAUAUGAAAAUGACUUUGGAUAUGAAACAUGCAAAGAGUUCAUUAAAUGUGACUUGACAUUGUAUUCUAUUUAAAUAAAGUACUUUUUAUUUUUAAAUGACUUGUAUUUGAAGGAAAAAUAAUUUAAGACUAUAUUAUAGUGUUUAAUGACUUGUACAACAGUGCUUUGGUAAAAUAUUUUAAGUAUUGGGGUUAUCAGCUAUAAUAUUUUUACUGAUAUCUUGUAUGUAUUUAUAUGUAAAUUAUAUUCACCUUUUUCUUAUACUACAAACAUUAAGAAAAUUUUGUAACAUUUGAUAAUUUCGAAAUGAUUCACCUUUCAGAAAUAAAAGUGUGAAUGUG